AUGGCCGCCCCCGCUACUCCUCUGGCUGAUGCGCUCGCCCUCCCUGAUAACGCGGUGGUGAACUUCCCCCGCACGGAGAGCUACGACCCCUUGUCUGAACGGUCCUCAAUCGCUGAUCAAAAACAAGACUCUGCGACCGGAGAAGCCGAGAUCACAUACCCUACAGGGUUCAAGCUGCUUGCUAUCAUCUCCGCUCUCGUGCUGUCAAUCUUCCUCGCCGCGCUGGACAUGACGAUCGUCGCCACCGCAAUCCCGCGAAUAACUGACGAGUUCAAGUCUCUCUCAGACGUAGGAUGGUACGGCAGCGCCUUCUUCCUUACGCUCGCGUCGUUCCAGUCCACCUGGGGGAAGGGGUACAAGUACUUCCCGCUCAAGCCGGCGUUCCUCCUGUCCAUCGGGAUAUUUGAGCUCGGUUCGCUCCUCUGCGCCGUCGCACCAAGUAGCAGCGCGUUGAUUGUUGGCCGCGCGAUUGCCGGCCUGGGUGCGAGCGGCAUCUCCUCCGGAGUAUACACCAUCAUUGCGUUUGCCGCUCCUCCCGCGCGCCGUCCAGCAUACACUGGGAUAAUCGGUGCCACCUACGGUCUGGCGAGCGUCAUCGGCCCACUCCUGGGCGGCGUGUUCACCGACAAGCUCACCUGGCGUUGGUGCUUCUACAUCAACCUUCCCGUCGGCGGUCUCGCAGCAGCAAUAAUCGCGAUCUUUUUCGUCAUGCCCGAAGCUGCCAAGCCCGUCCCAGCGACAUGGAAGGAGAAGGUAUUGCAGAUGGAUCCCCUAGGCACGGGGCUCAUCAUGGGCGCUGUGAUCAGCUACCUGCUCGCAGUGCAAUGGGGAGGUGUCUCCUUCCCUUGGUCGAGCAGCACAGUCGUCGGACUCCUCGUAGGCUUCGCACUAAUGACAAUUGCGUUCAUCAUCGUCGAGUGGCGCAUGGGUGAACGAGCAAUCCUCCUCCCCCGCCUGUUCAAACAACGCACAGUCGCCCUCUCAGCAGGAUACAUCUUCUUCCUCGCAGGCGGCUUCUUCCUCCUCGUCUACUUUGUCCCGAUCUACUUCCAAUCCGUGGACGGCGUCUCAGCCUCCGACUCGGGAGUACGUAACGUCCCCCUCAUCCUGGCCGUAGCGCUCUUCUCCAUCAUCUCGGGGAACCUCAUCUCCCUCUGGGGACACUUCGUACCUCUGCUCAUCCUAGGCUCUGUGCUCGCAACCAUCGGGGCCGGACUCAUCUACACGCUCGAUAUCGGCACUCCGAGCGCGCAGUGGAUCGGCUACCAAGUCCUCGCCGGCGUCGGGAUAGGCAUCGGGAUCCAAAUCCCCAUCAGUGCGGGGCAAGCGAUGGUCGACAUGGCAGACCUCGCUCCGGUGACGGCGAUGAUCCUCUUCUUCCAAACGAUAGGAGGAGCGUUCUUCAUCAGCGCAGGCCAGAGCAUAUUCACCAACCGCCUAAUUGCUGCUCUCCCGAUCACCGCCCCAGGGGUAGACGCGGCCAUGGUCGUAGCCACAGGAGCUAGCGACCUGCGGGCCAUGUUCCCCGCUGAAGCACUCGCGGGGAUCUUGAGAGCGUAUAUGGACGGGCUGAAGGGCGCGUACGCGCUCGCCAUCCCGCUCAUGGGCAUCGCGGCCGUGCUGAGCAUCUUUGUGGAAUGGAAGAAUAUCAAAGGGGUCGCUGUUAUGGCUGCAUGA